CACAGCCCGCCUAUAACUGGGCGUGGGCACAGAGUCCUUCCGUUUUAAGCCCCGCGCCCCAUGAAAAAUUGUUACUUGCUAUAUAAACUCAGUCCUACGUUCUUUCAAAGGGGAUCUCUUGUAAACACUUCGCAUAAGACAAGUCCUGAAUUUUAAAGAAAUGGAGAAUAUCCAAGAACUCAUCCAGUUUGCCAAGGAAAUUCGAAGUCAGAAGCCCAGCAAUGGCAUGGUGAAAGUGUACCUGGUGGGCUCCAUGCUGGCACUCUUUGGGGUGAUGAUUGGGUUUGUGGAGAUUGUGUUACAGCCCUUCUAUACCCCUGAGCCCAUGGACGAGGAGAUCACACAGCUUGUCCUUCUGGAGCAGCAAGAAGCUGAAAAGAAGCUGAGGUGGAGAAUGGAGGCAGCAGCAGUCCUGGAGGAGGACUUGGGAUCGAAAACCAGGCAGCAGGCAAUGCUUGCGAGGAGGAACUCAGCCAACAGGCUGCAUGCAUCGUAGGGGUGGCCUUCAUGAAUGUGCCUACUCAGCAUAUAUGUAAACACAGCCAAGCUUCUGCAGGUCCACCCUUAAAAAGCUGGACUUGAAUGGUGAACCUGUCUGGAUCAUGAAUGGGGUAGAUGUUUCAAGACCAAGGUUUUGUGGAAGAUCACGCUGUCAGGGAGACGGGGGCAUAGCUGCUGUGCAGCGGAAAUCCGGAGACGUGUUACGGUGCCAUAUGUGAUGGUGCCUGUCAUGUUACACUCGUCUGUACAUGAAUUUAUAUUUUUUAAAUUGAAUAAAUUUUUUAUUUAAGCAA